CUUAGUUAUUUUUAGAAUUUAGCAGAGAUUUACUCCUCAGUCCUCAAUCAAGACUGUUUCUGCAUCUCAGUAUAAAUAGUAGCGGGAGGGUUUAAGCGGCUGCGGCUUUUAGGAUAGGAUAGGAUAGGAAAGGGAAGAAAUGGGAAACCCAAAACAGAAAUGGACAUCCGAGGAAGAAGAAGCUCUCCGAGCUGGCGUGGCCAAGCACGGUGCUGGAAAGUGGAAGAACAUUCAGAGAGACCCCGAAUUCAAUCAUCUCCUCUAUUCUCGUUCCAACAUUGAUCUCAAGGAUAAAUGGAGGAAUCUUAAUGUUAGUGCCAAUGGGCAAAAUCCAAGGGAUAAAUCAAGAACACCAAAAGUGAAGGCCAAUCCUGAUUCUUCAGUCACUCCAGUUCCUAAUGCGCAAACUCCUGUUUCUUCCAUUCCAGCUUCAGAUGAUGUAGCCACAGAUGCUAUCGUUGAGGAUAACACGAAAUGUUUAUUGGAUGGAAAAACUGCUUCAAAGUACAAUGCAAUGAUUUAUGAAGCUCUUUCAACUUUGAAAGACCCAGAUGGAUCAGACACAAGUACAAUUGUACGAUUUAUUGAGCAAAGGCAUGAGGUUCCCCAAAAUUUCAGAAGGUUACUGAGUUCUAGGCUGAGGAAGCUCAUUCAGCAAGAAAAGCUUGAAAAGAUUCAGAACUGCUUUAGGAUCAAGAAAGAAUUGCUUGGAUCCCCUAAGCAAAAGGAAAGUUGGUCAAGACACAACCAAAACCAAAACCAAAACCAAAACCAAAAAACUUGCUAUCUUGGCAACACAGUUGAAGAAGCAGCCGUGUCAGCUGCCUAUAGGAUUGCAGAAGCAGAAAACAAAUCGUUCGUGGCAGCCGAAGCAGUCAAAGAGGCCGAGAGGGUCUCGCGAAUGGCUGAAGACAGUAACGUGCUGCUUCAGUUGGCAAAGGAAAUCUUUGAAAAAUGUGAAAAUGGCGAAAUUGUGCUAAUGGCAUAGGACAUGGUUGCAAUGUGGACCAUAUUCUUAGAAUGUCAGAAAUUACUGAGCUUUGAUUACUUGGAAAUGAAGCUGUUGCUGGCAGGACUUGCAUCAGAAAUCUGAAGUAUAAAUCACCCUGUAAAUAGGGUAACUCUUAAUGACUCUCUCUAGUUUUACUACAGGUUUCUAUGUUUAUUUGGCUGCUGUAAUGACUUGUAAUGUUUGUAAUAUAGGCUUAUAGUAAGGCAGAAUUUUAUUUUCUCUAAAUAAAUCCAAAGUAUAUUCCAUUUGUUCAAGA